GGUACAGUUGUUGUAGUUAGUUAUGAGUCGGUAUCACACACAAUAGAAAAAGUUAUUUGCCUGAUAUCGUUUAUUGACUUUCGUGCCUGGAGACAUAAUGGACGAAGAACCAGAGAGAGCGAAGCGCUGGGAAGGAGGCUACGAGAGGACAUGGGAGGUUCUGAAGGAGGAUGAAUCUGGCUCCCUUAAAGCCACAGUGGAAGAGAUCCUGUUCCAGUCCAAAAGGAAAAGGGUGAUUGAAAGCCAUGGACAAGUGAGGCUUGGAAUGAUGCGUCACCUCUAUCUGGUGAUUGACUGUUCAAGAAGUAUGGACGACCAUGACUUGAGACCUAACCGCCUCACCGCGACUCUAAAGCUAAUGGAAGCUUUUGUGGAUGAGUAUUUCGACCAAAACCCCAUCAGUCAGGUAGGCAUUAUCACCACAAAGAAUAAAAGGGCUGAGAAGUUGACUGACCUGACAGGAAACUCGAAGAAACACAUUUCUGCUCUGAAGAAAGCUGUGGACACUGUGUGUGUCGGAGAACCCUCCCUGUACAACUCUCUCAACCUGGCCAUACAGUCCCUUAAGCACAUGCCUGGACACACCAGCCGGGAGAUCCUUAUAAUCCUUAGCAGCCUCACCACAUGUGACCCAGCCAACAUCUAUGAACUCAUCAAGACCCUGAAGUCUCUGAAGGUGCGGGUGUCAGUAAUCGGCCUGUCGGCAGAGGUCCGUGUGUGCACGGUGUUGACCAGGGAGACGGGUGGCUUAUACCACGUUAUCCUGGACGAGAGUCACUUCAAAGAGCUUCUGACGAUGCACAUCAAACCGCCCCCAGCCAGCUCCUCAUCUGAAUGCUCUUUAAUACGCAUGGGUUUUCCUCAGCACACUAUCGCUGCUCUGACUGAUCAGGAUGCCAAGCCUUCAUUCAGCAUGUCUCAUCUGGAUGGCAGCGAUGGUCCCGGUCUUUCUCUGGGAGGGUACUUCUGUCCACAGUGCCACGCAAAGUACACCGAGCUUCCUGUGGAGUGUAGAGUCUGUGGUUUGACUCUGGUGUCAGCCCCACAUCUCGCCAGAUCCUUCCACCACCUCUUCCCUCUCCAGGCCUUUGUAGAGAGUCCUGUGGAGGAACUCAAAGGAGACAGGUUCUGUAAAGGUUGUCAAGGGCGGUUAAAGGAUAAAAGUGUAUUCAAGUGUCCAUCCUGUCACAGUGUGUUCUGUCUGGAGUGUGAUAUCUUCAUCCAUGACUCACUCCACUGCUGCCCCUGCUGUGCUCACUGUUACAUCGCCCCCUCAAACUGAGAGGCCAGUCGCCAAACAGAGACUGAUGUAUAUAGUAUGGACUGUCACUACACGUUUUGUAUGUAGUGGCCAUAUUGUAUGUGUCAAGUUUACCCAUCAAGCACAUACUGGAUCAUCAUACACAUCCUAACAGUGUUGUCCACCUUUGACCACACGGAUAUGAUGCACACAGGCAGCCUCUAUUCAAAGAUUGGCAGAAAAUACUGGAAGAUCAUUAAGGGAAGGAGACGUCUAUAUUCACAGUUGGAAUAAAGCUCCUGCAUCUGAGCCACUUAAUGUAAGAAAUGUUUUUUGUGUAUAUAUUUUUUACACAAUUUGUACUAUAGUUCUGAUUGUAAUGUAGCAGUUACAAUAAAACAUUUUUUACUUGUCAA